UGAUGUCUCCGCCUCUCUUACCCACACGCACCUGCGACACGAAAAAAGCAGAAUCUGAGAGAAACGGACGCCAAAAUCGCGACCGUGCGCGCGAGACGCCAUUCUGAACGACUGCGCCUGACGCCGCGCGCGCUGCGUUCGACUGGCACGAGGGUAACGGCCGCUAACGGCGCUGCUGCGGUGUCCGGGGACAGGGACGAGGACGAGGACGCUUCGGCUCUCGCUUUUAUUUUGGGUUGAGGGGCGUAGCUGUGUGUGUGUGUGUGUGAGUGAGUGUGUGAGAGUGAGAGACACGGAGUGAGUUGGUUUUAAGCGCUACGCAGAUUCACCGUAAACUGUCGAGUUUUUUUUCCGUGAAAAGUUCCGAAAAUCCGUCUGCUGAGCGUUAGCCGACACGUUAAUGUUUACCUCAGAAAAAAACAGCCGUUAAAUUCGACCCAGAACUGCCGCGGCUGAGUUUUGUUUUCGUCAAACUUCCGAAAAACGACCGUUUCUCUCGUGUCGGUUAACGUUAGCAGGAGCGCUGAGCGCUAACCGUAGGCGUACCGUUCCCCCCGCCACUCCUCCCUCAGACAUGCCGUUAGCCAGGCGCCGGGGCUCGGUCGCGUCGCUCGCGGUGGUGCCGCGCGGGGACAUUCGCUAGGCAGCGGCGGAGACACACACCUCCUCCACCUCUCGGUUCCGUUUUCGGUCGCCAUGGAGCCGGCGGGCUGCGUGAACAUCGGCAGCCUGACGAGCGCGCUGCCCGUGAUCCCCUACCGCAAGCUGACCGACCUGCACUACAUCAGCAAAGGCGGCUUCGGCACCGUGUUCCGGGCUCAGCACUGCGACUGGAGGACCACCGUGGCCAUCAAGUGCCUGAAGUUGGACUCGCCCGUCGGGGAGAGGGAAAGGAAUUGUUUACUGAAAGAGGCUGAGGUGCUUCACAAGGCCCGGUUCAACCAUAUAAUUCAAAUCUUCGGUGUGUGCAACGAGCCGGAGUUCUUCUGCAUAGUCACAGAGUACAUGACCAAUGGAUCUCUGGAUGAACUUCUGCAUGAGAAAAACAUGUACCCGGUGGUGGCCUGGCCCCUGAGGCUUCGCAUUCUGUAUGAAAUUGCACUAGGGGUCAACUUCCUCCAUAACAUGACCCCUCCACUGCUCCAUCAUGAUCUGAAAACGCAAAAUAUUCUCCUGGAUGGAGAGUACCAUGUGAAGAUUGCUGAUUUUGGUCUUUCUAAAUGGCGCCAGCUCUCAAUCAGCAAAGGGUCUGGCUCAAAGCCGGCUGAGAUGGGCGGCACAGUCAUCUACAUGCCACCUGAAGAGUACGAGCCCAAUAAAAGCCGACGAGCUGAUGUCAAACAGGACAUGUACAGUUAUGCCAUCAUCAUGUGGGAAGUGCUGUCGCGACGGAUACCGUUUGAAGAUGCCACCAACCCCAUGCAGAUCAUGUUUAGUGUUUUGCGGGGAUUGCGGCCCGAUACAGGACCGGACAGCCUGCCGACGGAGAUCCCCAGCAGGGAGACCCUCAUCAGCCUCAUGACUAAUGGCUGGACCGCCAAUCCAGAUGAACGACCCUCUUUCCUCAGCUGUCUCAUCGAACUGGAGCCCAUGUUACGGAGGUUUGAUGAGAUUGAUGUCCUAGAGGCAGUACUGGAGGUCAAAAGGUCAAAGUUUAUGCGGCCACUGAGCAGCAGCCAGUCAAUGCCAUCAAAUGGGAAACCAGUGGAAGAAAAGGUUUUGAAGUUGCAAAAUACUCCCUGGCCAGACAACAGCUCCACAUCUGGAUCAGGGUCCUGCUCCUCUCAGGAGACAGAUAUAUCCCAGCCAGGCUUUCUUACUAUCUCAAAUCCUUCUCAUGGUCCACACAGACCCUUGUCAUCAGUUUUGUCCUUGCCCUUGGAUGCUCCAAAGCCUCUGAUUGAUCAAAACAACCUGAACCCAGAGUACCAGAUGGCCCAGCCCAUCUCUGCCUUUAACAUCCCCGUUAAACCCCACCCUCCUCAAACUGAAAGCGACCUACCCCUCAAUAUCCACCCACUCACCCUGCAGACACACCCACAAGAUUUCCCGUCACCGUUGGACAGCCAGGGCCCAGCGGCACGCUGGAUUAGCUUACGGCGGGAGGAGGUGGUACGGCAGAUGACGGAGGCGUGUUUGAACCAGAGCUUGGAUGCAUUGCUGGCCCGCGAGCUGCUGAUGCGCGAGGACUACGAGCUGGUGUCCAACCAGCCCACACGCACUGCCAAAGUGCGCAAGCUGCUGGACACGUGUGAGCGCCACAGCGAGGAGUUUUGCCGCGUAGUGGUGCGCAAGCUUCAAGAGAACAAGCAGAUGGGCCUACAGCCCUUUCCAGACCUCACCUCCCCAACACCUCCCCCACCCUAUAGCGCCCCCAGUGCUCAUUUCCACUCCAGCUCCUACAACAACACCCGCAACAUGUUCUGAUCAUCCAAGCCCUUUCAGCCUUCCUCUGAACUGGACUCCUGUGAGGUUUGCAUAUUUGUUUUCCUUUUGGAAUAGACGUCUUCUGAAAGAUGGAUCACCUUUUUUGUUCCUUUUUUUUCCAGAUUGUUUUUGCUUUUUUUAUGAUUUGGAUACUUGCUAUUGCCUUUGGGGUAAAUUGUUGGAAUUGUUCAUCAGCCCUCUCAGCGCGUCUAGGCUCCUGAGGUGGAACUACAGCCCUGGUUAUUUCAUCAGAACUGGUUGCAUUUGCUGUUGUGGGGCGCGAGCUUGUUGGAACGUGAAGCUUUCUGUCCCACUGACUUUGCCAGCAUUGUUUUGCCAUGAAUCGUUGAAAUCCUCUAUUAUUCAGCAACUUUUGUCUUCCUCUUGAAACCCAUGAUAUUUCCCAUGACAUGCACUUAAGCAAAGCUCUUGCAAUGUACCUUUUUAUACGCUGUUUGAAUCAGUUGGCUUUAUUUAAAAUAAUAUUGUAAAGUCAACCAGAUAUCUGGAUUCUUAUCAAAUUUAGUUUGGUCUGAAGUGGCUUCUUGUAUUUGUCUGUAUGGAAAUGGCAGCUUAUGAAUAGCGGCAGUGUCAGAAAUGGAAACUUGCUUGUCGGGUACAGUUUUAGGUUUCGGCCGUUCUGUAGCUCGACUCUCCUCACUACACUACUAAUUACUCACAGUGAUAAUGUACCAGAAUAAGAUACAGGUUUCCUGAGCGGAACGUCACUUUGUUGAAAUGGUGCCAGAGGACGUUGGCACUAAUGAAAUUAGCCUUUACUAAUGCUGUUGCAAAUUAUUCAAGCAUUUGAGAGAGAAUGCUUAUUGAUGUGUAAUGCUUAUGUUGGCAUUAACAGAAGCAUGGCAGGUUACCAAGGCGCUGUAGCAGCGUACGCCAGAUUCCUCCAUCAAGAGCUGUGAUGUAAAACCUCAUACUUUCUCACCCGCAGCAGUUUGAGUAUAGGGACUACUGAGCAAGCAAGUGAAUAAGCGAUUUCAAGCACUCCUAUUGUUUUGCGAGGUGGUAUUUAACAGCCUUACGGACUUUUCCAGGAUAAAAUGGGACUCCUCACUCUCUUUGGAUGAAAUUUUCCUCUUUUUGGAAUACCAGACAUGCUUUGAGUUUAGUCUAACUGUUGGAAACGGUAAGUAGGUGGAGACAAGGAGACAACUUCAACCGAACAGCAAUGCUUUUCUACAGCAAGAUGUUAACACUGUAGCAAACGGUCAUCUUUCUCUCCUCGCUUCAAAAGGACAGACAAACUAAUGCAGCCAGCCAGGCACUUCUGUGUCUAUGGGCUGAACACUGGUGACUGAGUAUGCUGCUCUGUGGACUGUGGCUCGGUGCCUUACCCAGCAGAGCCCAUAUUGAGGUGAAACACAUCUCUGGAUGUUCUGUUUAUGAAAGAAUAUUUUAUCCUGACAGUAACAAGGGACUGUUGAGUCAGAUAGGUUGGUUCUUGCCAUUUUUAACCUUCCCAGCCAGUUCCGCUGGUACCUGUUGUGUCUUUGUGUUGCAACAUUGUAGAGUGUGUCAGAGUUUACACCAGAAGAGCCGGUAAAAACGGUUCUUCGCACAUCCUUUUUUCCUUCUCACCCUCCAAGCUGUUUCUGGCGUAUGGCCUAGUAGUGUCCUGAGCUGCACUGGAUUCGAUUAGCAGAAUGAACUCUUAAUGUCUGGAGGGUAAAGCCAACUAAUGGCUGCGUUCCAAAGCGUUCCGAAGCCUAGGCUGCAGCCGAGUCCUCUGUAGGACUCUCCCGUGAGCACUCCUCCUUAGUAGCCAUUGGUCACACCAGUGGAACAUACUAUUAUAUAGUAUGAUGAAAUACAUAUACACCAAUACUUCUGGCUAAAAUACAGUAUAGGGACGGAUGCUUUAAUAAUCAUUGAUUUUACAGUAAUGAGGUAACGAAGACAAAUUCAAAUACCUGAGCAACUUGCAUUUUAAAACAAGCUCUGCUCCAUCCGGCGUUGUUUUCUGCCAUUUUUGUGGUGCUGUUUGUUUUCUUCUUCGUGUCGCUCAGAGAACUGUGGGUAACUGGAGGUGGGAAGGAUCUGAUGCAUCCUUGAAAUCGCUCAGAACGUAGGCUGCAUUUCUAGGCUGUAUACGAAGGAUCCUUGACUUUGAAACGGCCUGUGAUGACAUAGCAGCCGAGAAAUGCAGCCUAGGCCUUGGAACGCAGGUAAUAUAAGGGGAGCUUUUCGCUCAUUCUCUCAGCUGGUCCGUGGAUUGUUUCGGCUUCAUCUUGUGCUUUUACAUCAGCGUUUAUUACUUUGAUAUCAGUGUGCAUGCCCUGGCUAUAAACUCUGCCUUCAUUUAGCUACCUAGGAGAGCACUAAGCUCAUCACCCACCGCUGUAGCACCGGAUGACUCCCAUAUAGCUGCGAGUUUGCUCAGUCUUCCCUAAGGCUGCAAACCACUCCCUCUUUUCAUGCUGCAAACGUCAGGCUUGCUUGCUAAGUCAGUUAAUAAUGAUGUUUGUGCUCUCCUCAGCUGUUUGGCCUGCAGGUCUAGGUGUAGAUUUUUAUUUUUAUUUUUAUUUUUCUCCUCUUUCUUUUUCCCCACUCCUCUAGAUCAGUAUCAUAAACGUUAUUUGCGUUGUGUCCCCCCUGAAUUGGCUUAUGAUUGUAAUCGCUUCUUUUUGCAAAGUACUGUGCCAAUUCUUAGGUGCUGUGUGGCUGAAUACACGACUGUCUUUUCUAAUUCUGGUUAUUAGAAAAUCAUUGCAAUAUCAUUUUCACUGAAUAAACAAACCCAGUGCCAAAUGUAUUGUGGCAGAAUUGUCCAUUGCCUUAAUGUACAGGCUAGGCCUAAAUGCAGAUGAUUACUUUUUCUCUAAUGGUGUCAUUCCUUUGUCCUGUUUUAUUUAUAUAAAAGCAUUUUAAGUGCCACAUCUUUGGGUGGCUCUUGCCUUUCCUCUGUAAGACUGAACGCUGUCAUUUCUCCAGAACCAUGUGCAUAUUACAAAUAAUGCAUAGCCUAUGUAGCAAUGUACAGGUGGCAGGGACGUGAAAUGUAAUUUUAUUUAAUUUUUUUGUGUAUGUGUAUUCUGUACAUGAAGAGGAACUUCCAGAAAAGGCUUAUAUUUGAAGCGGUGUUAUUAAAAUGUGUAAAAUUCCUUCA